CAUUGCUGUAGACAAGAAUGAGGACUGCACCUUUGCGCAGCAGCAGCUCUUUAGUUCUGAAAGGUCUCCCUCUCAGUGCACAAAGGCAGCUGCUGAAGGAACAGCUACAGCGAGUGAACCGGUGCUGAGAGCAGUAAUAAACAAUCUCCAGUAGAGAUACCGAGACACGGACACGCAAGGAAGCCACACAGACAAAAACCCGUUACCGCACACGGUUUUACCAGGAUUUCUGACCUUAGUCAGGACUUUUCAGGUUGAACUGAACUGAAGCUUGCUGUCCUGUGGUGAAAACUAUGGAGAAAUCUCCCUCUGCCAUUAGGAAGACUUCUCACUUCUUACGUAACCAGCACGCCAGUAAAAAUGACUCUGACGUAGAGGAUAAUAAACCACGGACACAAAGAACACCUGUGAAAGACCAGUGCUGUCAGACAGAGCACCAUCACCAUGGCUGCUGUGAACCAGCCUAUGCUAUGGAGCCUGGCGACCCUCCUUUAAUACAGCAGCAACUUCAAACAUCGAAAUCUGGUAUUCAGCAAAUCAUUGAGUGCUUCCGAUCAGGAACUGCACAGCUUAAGAAUAUUUUACUGAAGGAAGUGGAUACCAUUUUUGAAUGUAAACUCUGUCGAAGUCUUUUUCGAGGAUUGCCAAACCUUAUCACACACAAGGAGUUCUAUUGCUUUCCCAGGCUAAAGUUGGACAAUGACCUUUCGGCUUCAAAUGAUAAACAGAGUCAAGCCAUAAAAGAUCUUCUGGAGGCCAUAUAUCCAAGAAAGGAGAAGCAGGAAUACAUUGUAAGACUGGAACCAAUAGAGACCAAUCAGAAUGCAGUGUAUCAAUAUGUAGCUGGAAAAGAUGACCAAGAUACAGUGAAUUACAGUUCUCAAACUCAACACCAAGGACAUUUGGAGGAGCCCAGUCCUGAGCAGAACCAAACUCAAGUACCACCAGGCACAGAAAUUGUAGAGCCAGUUCCUGUAGAAGAUACUGAAAAGGAGGUUAAAGUGUCUAUGGAAGACGAAGCAAUAGAGCCUCUCCUUUGUCUAGAUGAAAGCUCUAACAGUGAUUCUGUAGAUCAGCAGGUUGCGUGCUGCAUCUGUGGAAAAGACUUUAAUACAAGACGCAGUGUUCGUCGUCAUAUAAGGAAGGUUCACAAGAAAAAGAUGGAAGAAUUGAAAAAGAACAUAGAAACGAGGAGGGGGGGUCCAAAUCGGCCAUCUGUCAUGAUGGGUCGUUCAAAGAGUGCAUUGCUUUCAUCCGGCAGAAGCUGUCCUGUUUGUCAAAAAUCAUUUGCUACUAAAGCCAAUGUUCGCAGACAUUUUGACGAAGUUCACAGAGGGUUAAGGAGGGAUUGUAUAACUCCUGAUAUUGCAACAAAACCAGGUCAACCACUGUCUCUAGAAACCAACAGCUCUUCUAAGAAAUCACCUGGCUCUCUGCCACGCAGGAAAAAGUACUCUACUAGGGCGGAGUACAACCUGACUGCUCGUAAGUGUCUCCUGUGUAAGAGGAAAUAUUCAUCACAGGUAAUGCUGAAGAAACACUUGCGAAUUGUCCACAAAAUGACCAAACUGGAGAGAGGUUCAAACGGUACGACCAACAGCACAGAAAUCAAAGUUAAAGUUGAAACCUCUGAUUCAGCAGAUCACGAUGCAGAAUCAUCUGACCCACAUGUCAGUCAGUCUCCUCCGAAUGACUCAGAGGUCACAGGUCAAGCAGCGGACAAGAGACAUACACCCACAGCACAGAAGAAUAAGGGUAAACAAGAAAGCGACAGUCCAAAGUCAUCAAGUCCUUCUGUAGCAGGUGGCCAGCAGAAGGUCAGGAAGCCCAAACUAUCAGUGGGCUUUGACUUCAAGCAGCUGUACUGCAAACUUUGCAAGCGGCAGUUUACCUCCAAACAGAAUUUAACAAAGCACAUUGAUUUGCACACGGAUGGAAAUGAGAUCUACAUCAAGUUCUACCGGUGCCCUCUCUGCUUGUACGAGACCCGCCGUAAGAGAGAUGUGAUCCGGCACAUCACAGUUGUGCACAAGAAGUCCUCGCGAUACCUAGCUAAAAUAACUGCCAACUUAGAAAGCAGAGCAGUAAAGAAGCCUGUUGAGAUGGUACUAAACAGCGUGGUUAAGCGGGGCCCCCAGAAGGACAUGAAUUCAAAGCAAGAUGGCACACCUAGCUCUCAGUCUAGCAGAAAACAUGACACUGUUGAAGUAGGCACAGAAGUCAAAUUCACCAAAAACCUCUCCCUGCACGCGUAUAAGAAGUGUGGAAAAGCCUUUGCCAAAAAGACGUAUCUUGAGCAGCAUAAGAAAACCCUUAGGACAAGCGCGUCCAGCUCCCCUGAAGAAAGCAAAACCACAGGUCGUAGUACACGGUCAAAGGCAGUUUUUUAAUACCUCCAACUGAUGUACAGCAUGCUUGCACAGGAUUAAUAAUUGUAAAAUGCACUGGAAAUGAAAACCACUUCUAAUACACUCAGACAUUUCUACGACAAGAGGAGAGGACGACAGUGAAGAAAAAAAUGCAAUAAUGGCUUUCAUCAGUGGUUUACUAAGUUAACAUGAAAAUAAUGUAAUGAUCGAAGUAUUUUUAAAGUUAAUGUGUGGAAAUGUUUAAAAUACUUAAUUGCACUCGGCUUUGGGGUCCCACUGCUAUUUUAGGGGUCGCUGUAUGUGUAGUAAAUUCAUGAACCUACAACGGACUAGUUUGACAACAAGAUCCAAAUCCACUUUGUUUAAACAUUUCUUUUAAGAGAUCUCUAGCUCAGAAAAUAAGUUUAUUUUGUUAUUAUUCCAUUUCCAAUUCAGCAGUAAAAUAAGCUGUAAAGUUUAAAAGUAUGUUAUAUAAAAGGUAUGUGCACUAUGUAUUGCUUAGCAUGUGGUAACAGCUUUUAUUAGACAAUUAAAGAUGGCUUAAUAAUGCACGAAUGGUGAAGCCACACAUUUAUUAUGUCAGGCCGUUGUCAUGAGUGUGGUUAAAGUUACCACUUCCUGAACCACGCAUUAUUUCAUUUCAAGAAAGAAAAAUACUAUACAGACUAAAGUCAAAGACAAAGGAGUCAUUUCUUCUGGAGGAGAAGUUUUUAUUAUUAUAUCACAAUGCGGACCAAUUGCAACAUGAUAUUGCAUAUUAAAUCUUUUUUUGUGUCUCUACUGCAGGUGAUAACACGAUUUAUCACACAACAACACAACUACUAUGUGUAAUAUAGGACACAAUGGAGUUGUGAGUUACCAAAUGUGUCUCUACAUGUCAUUGAAGAAAACUUGGAGUUAUGAUACCUUACUCAUUGUGCACACAUAAUGAAACAGACAGACGUUAAUCUUUUUUUGAGAAAAAAAUAAGCUUUAUUUGCAAGCCUUUAUUUGUCACAAUACCUUUGGUCAGUGUUUUUAAUCUGCAAUGAUAUGAAUGGACUAAUUUUGAGUUUUGUUCAGUUUUUUUUGUUUAUUUUUUUUAUUCAAACUGCUUUUUUUUAAGAAAAUAUGUUUAAAGUUAAAAAGCUUGGGGAAUAAUUAAGAUGACAGCAUUCCAAAUAUGAGUACAUUCUCUAUGUACUCGUGGGUUGUGGUUUUAGGUGUGUAUGUGUCUAUUAUACUAUACUGUACAGACGCACACUAUACCAAGCACACUUGUUUUGGUAUCUGUCAUAUGUUACAUUAAAUCUCAAUUCAGGAUUUAAAUGUGGUUAAUAACUGAUAGGCAACAUCAUAAUAUGCUUGUUUUUGUCUUGAAUUGUACAUUAAAUAUGUAUUUUGAUAACUUGAUCUGUACUCUUCAUGAAUGCUAUAUGUCUUUUUUUAUAUAUGAAUGGGAAGCAAAUGAUUUUGACUGUGUGUAAAUGUACUAUAGUUUGGUAAACUAAAAUUGAUGGGAAACAAACAACAACACAUUUAAGUACAGAAAGGUUUAUUUUGAAUUUAUUAAGCUGUAUGUACAUAAUCACAUUUUGAGUUAACAGUUGACAAAUGCCAUUGAUGUUGGUUGAAGCAGGAUGAUUGUAUAUGCAUAUAUAAGGUAGUUUUCUAAUGACGCACAUUUGAUGUAUAUAACAAAUACUGUACAUGGUGUUUUAAAACAUUAAUUUUUAAAGUGAUCAUUCUAAAUGUUUUAACAUGAUCAUUCUGCCAUGAUCAUUUUUACAAAUAUCCUCCGUUUCAGAAUGCAAAGUAAAUAGCAUAGAUCUUCUACUUGUAAUUAUGGUAGUCUUCCUAGUGCUUUGCACUAAAAAAACAAUGCAGUGAAUAUGAAACAAAGAGAUAGUAUUGUUGCUAUUACUGUUCAAUUGAAUGUAUAUGAUGGUGGAUAAAUACACUGUAUUUUACUUGUAAUAAACUGAACUGGAAUAUA